AUGCUCGUCUCCGCCAUCCCAGAACACCUUCAGUGCCCUCGCCGGCUCCCCGCCAAGACACCUCCCAACUUUCAACCACCGUUCCCAGCGUAUAGUGCUGGCUUUCCCAAGGAAACAAAAGACCUCGUCUUUGCCGUUAUUGGAGCCCAGUAUGCUUCUGAGGCCAAGGCUGAUGGCGAUGCAGUCGCUCGGUUGACACAGUUCACCAACUCCAAGGCCGUUGAGGCCGAGUCCCGUCCCCAGUUCGCGGAAUGGGCGGCCGUCACCGACAACCACGGAUACUACAACAUCGCUCACCUUGCAUACUGGCCCAGUAAGACAGCCUACGAGAAGUGGUCUGUCGCAUCUGGCUUCGAGACAUGGUGGAAACAACUUGACCCCCAGGCCGAGCGCCACGGCUGGUUCCUCGAAAUUUUCUUCCCGACUGCAGACCGUUUCGAGACCGUGUUCUCCAACAACGAGAUUCCCGAAGGCGCAGCUCAUAUGAGAGAGUGCGUUAUUGGCCCUAUCCAGGAGCAUGUGUACUGGGGCAGCAUGCGCGACAGAAUGGCAGCGGCUCAAAACGACGAGCUCGUGGGAGAGAAGGUCGAACGAGCCGCAACCAACGGACAUACCAAUGGAAACGGUGUACCGAAGCCUCGAAGAGUCCAAGUCUCUGGCAAGAAGAACCUCGCCGUCAUCCGAUCCGGCCAGGACUGGUCUGCCACGUUACCCGAGGAGCGUGAGCUAUACCUCUCGACGAUGCACCCGGUUCUCAUCAAGGGCAUGAACUUCCUCCGAGAUCAAGGUGCCGAAGUUGGCUGUCACAGCUGUCGAUUCAUGGACCUUGUCGAUCCGGUGACGGGUAAAGCGGACAAGGACCGCACGUUUGGACUGGCGUUCUUCGACGACCUUGCAUCACUUGAGGGAUGGGCGAAGGAACACUCGACGCAUUUGGAGAUCUUCGGAGGUUUUUUGCAAUAUGCGAAGAAGCUCGACAACAACGUCUCUCUCCGCUUGUUUCACGAAGUUUUGGUGUUGAAACCGGAGCAACAACAGUUUGAGUACGUCGGUUGUCACUCAGGGACGGGGCUUUUGGCCAUCUUGUAG